UGAAUUUUAUUAAAUUAAAAGUUGAAAUAUUUUAAUUUAUAAAAGAUAAAAUAUUAAAUAAAUAUAAAAAUAUAUAAUUAAUUUGUUAAAUAUAUAAAAUUCAAUGGUUUCUAUAAAGAUUAAUGGCAAUUGAUUAUUAUUCAAAAAAAGCAGAGGGUAUAUGUAUCAAGGGUGGAGCUAGAAAUCAGAUCAAUGACGGGUGGGUGAAAGAGGUGUGUUUGUGAUUAUAUUAUUUUAACUUUUUUCGACUUUUAAUUAUGAAAUUUAAACCAUAAUACGAUAUCAUUCAAUUACAGUAAUAAUUUAUAAUUUUUCAUGUAAAUGAUUUUUGAAAAAAAAAUAAGUAAACUUUAAUUGUGAUACAUAUAAUAAUGAUGCUGUUUAAGUUUUGACUAUAUAUACAUAGUGAUUGAAAGGACAAUUGAACUGAAUAAAAUUGUCCUUAUUUUACAGACUAUUUUAUUCAAAUGACAGGAGAAGAUACAGAAUUAUGUGGCUUUAUUGAUGCAAAACUCCCAGGUAACAAAGGAGUGAGCCAAAAAGUGAAAAAACGAUCAUUAGCAGGAUGGAAAGCAUGGAAGAGACAUUGGUGUGCUGUGAGAAAAUUGAAUGGAAAUCAUGGCAUCGAAAUUGUUUUAGAUUAUAGUAUUGGUAGUGCAAAAUCUGUUGUUCCAAAUGAGAAGGACAAUAGAAUAAAAAUUUCAACAAAUUCAUUGAUUUGUCGUACUGAAUCGAAAACAAAACAAUUUUCAUUUGGAAUUUUUACGGUAAAAGAUAAAAAACCUUUAUUAUAUUUAUCCGGGGCUUCUGAAACUGAUACUCAACGAUGGAUGGAAAAUUUACGACAAUUAUUAAGACCAAGAAAACAUCGCUUUAUGGAAGGAUCUCUCAGUAUUUCUAUAAUAGAUAAUGCACAUUCCAAAGCCAGUGGUUUAACAGGUCUUCAUGGUGAUUUGAUAGCUAGUAAUUUAGGAGUAUUUAUAAAGGACGCUCAUUCAGGAGAGAUAGUACAAAAUUUUGAAUGGAAGGAAUUUAAUGAAUUUCAUUUAUCAACAAACGGUCGUCCUGACGAUGUGAAAAGAAUUUGUGUUAUACAUACAACUAAAGAAUUUCGUGGUGGUGUUGGUGAACUUUAUAUAUUUUGUCUAAAUGCUCAAAGAUUAUUACAAGAUUUUGUAACACAAGGUCGUGGACCAAAACACAAAAUUUUCGCACAACGACCAUUAAGCCGUAGUGAAGGUGAUCUCAGAAUAUCAAUUUAUAAUGAUGAAGAUAAUCAUUCUUUUCCAACAUUAAAAAGUAAAGCUACAUCGAGUUUGAUAAAUGCAGGUCUUGGAUUAAUUCUCUCAUCGAAAACAAGUAGAGAUAUUGAAAAAUUAGAAAAAAAAAUUCAUACACGUGCAAUUGAUAAUGUUUAUGAAUCUGAACCAGCAUCAAGUAAUCCCAAUUUUGUUGCAAGCUUUGAUCAAUUAAAAAAUCCUUGUCCAAAACGAGUAUCUAAUAUUUCAAUAGCUUCGGGAAUUUACGAAGAAAUUGUAGAUGAUGGAAAAGGCGUUAAAAAUUUAAUAGUUCCUUCUCAUUUGUACGAGGAUCCGGAAGAUGUUAUUUUAAAUUCUGAUAUUUUACAUUUUCAACCACCGCCACUACCACCACGUCAUCAAUGUGGAUCGAAUUCCAAAAAGAAUGGAAGUCCCAGUGAUGAUGGUUUAGAUUCGGAAGGAGGAACAAGAUCUGCGACACCUAAUACUCAAUCGGAUACAACUCCAACUCCCGAGGAAAUAAAGGUAAUAAAUCCUAAUUUAAUAGAUACGUCUGAUUAUGUUCCAAUGUCACCAUGCAUAAAAAUCACGCACAAAUCUGAAGAACUAAAUACAUCCCAAGAAGGAGUUUACAUGGUGAUGCGGUAAAAUAUUUUUACUGCUCAUCAUUUUCUGUUGUUUUUAAACGAUAGUCAUGAAAAUUUAUAACAAAAAAAAAAAAAAAAAAAAAAAAAGUCAAAUAGAAUCCAUAUCUGAGAAGUUAUUUCUCAAUUUCGAGUCAAUAACUCCAAAAGUCUAGAAUGAUAAUUCAAAUUUUUGAUAUUUUAAUUUAAAACAAGUAUAAUUUUAUUCAUAUCUAUAUUAUAUUUUGAUCAAUAUAUAAGAAAAUAAUUGAGAUAUAAGAAUAUAUUGCUUUGAAGAACUCAUUACAUAUAUAGUUGUGCUUUUUGUGAAAAACUAUUUUUAAGUGCGUGAAAAGUAUUGUGAUAAUUCAUUGUAACUAAAACUAUCAUAAAAAGAAAGCUCAAAAAAAUGUAAUAGAAUCAUCGUCUAUAAUGUUAUAUGUAUAUUGUACUAAUUAUCUAUUCACUGCCUUUAAUGUGUGCCUCUGGUUUCUUAAAAAAUUGAGCCUCGAUAUAUUGAUUUGAACUUCAAUAUUAUAUCAAUAAUUUAAAAAUAUAAAUCGAAGCUAUAAAAAUUACAUAUCAAAUUUCCCAAAGUGAUGUUUUAUUUUAUUAAAAUGUUAUAAGGUAUUUUUUCAUUAAAAUUAAAAUCAAUAAAUAAAAAGAAAUCACAUGGGAUUUGAAAAUAUCAAUAAGGGAAAAAAUGGUUCAAGUUCAAUAAUUUCGUAGCUCAAUUUGAACUUGUUAUUGUUUCGUAGCAAAUAUUAUAAUUUAGGCGUGAGUUGAAUUAAAAAAAAAAAAAUUAUUUACACAUCUGUUAUACAAAAAAAAAGGAAAAGAAAAAAUAGUAUACGGAUGGAUAAUUCGUGAUAAACUUAGCUUUUUAUUCGUGUACUAAAUACAUUUAUAUAUACACACUAUUGAAUAAGUAAGGCUUAAAAAUAAAUAUAUCGUGUGUUCAUAUUUUGUUGCUUAAAAAGGAAAUUCAAAUUGAAAAUCAUUUCAAAAAAGUUUAUAAUAUUCCCAAGAAGGAAUAUUUUUUAUAUAUAUAUUUUAUAAGCUUUCAAAUGCGUUGUAAAAAUUAUAAAAAUUUAUACUGUAUAUUUGUUUUCAAGUUUAAAUCCUAUUAUGAACGUUUAUAUUAAAUUGUUUAUUGAAAAUUUUGGUGGUUAAAUUUAUAGAUAAUAAAAAACAAAUUUUAACAAUGAACCACGGAAGUAAAACGGCCUCUGCAGAUUAGGAUAUAAAUAUAGAUAUAACAAACACAUUUAUAUAUUAUAUUAUUAUUAUUAUUUGUAAAAUGCUUAAAAAAAUAUAAAGCUGUUUUUGCCUCUUA